UGACAUCACUCAGCUUCAGAGAUGAAUAACCAAGGAGUAAUCUAUGCAGAACUGAAAGGAGUCAAGAACUCAGAGAGACAGCGAAUAAAACCUAAGGGCUCUAAAGAUCUCAUUUCAAUAGCUCAGCAGGAAUUAACAUAUGCAGAAUUAAAUCUUCAAAAUGCUUCUCAGAAUCUUCAAGGGAAUGAGGAGAACUACCACUCCAAAGGUUCACCAUCACCUCCAGAGAAGCUCAUUGCUGGGAUCCUAGGAAUCGUCUGCCUAGUCCUGAUGUCCACUGUGGUAACAAUGAUUGUUGUUCCUUCCUCUACUCUAAUACAGGAACAGAAUAACUCCUCUCGGAUAACAAGGCUUCAGAAAGAAUGCCAUUGUGGUCGUUGUCCAAAAGACUGGUUUACAUAUUCCAACAACUGCUAUUAUAUUACUUUUGAAGAAAAAACAUGGAGUGGGAGUUUGACAGCCUGUGCUUCUAGGAACUCUACUCUACUUUAUAUAGAUAAUGAAGAGGAAAUGAAAUUUCUGAAGUCCCUAUCAGUUAUGUCAUGGAUUGCAGUCUUUCGUGAAGGCCAUGGUCAUCCGUGGAUGUGGCAAAAUGGCUCAACUUGCAAACUACAGAUAUCAGACAUAUCACCUGAGAAAAGAAACUGUGCAGUGCUAUCCUCAGGGAGCAUAAACUCAGAUGAUUGUGAAAUCCCAAAUAUGUAUACUUGCAAGCACAAGCUUGAGAAUUAAAAAGUAAGUUUGACUGCUGUUGGGUAACGCCAUCUCUUAUGAAAUGGAAAUAAUUGUAUGAUUGCAUAAACUUCAAAAUGCAUUAUAUUCUUUUUUCUAAUAAUGGCAGUUUUUUUAAAAAAACUGUUGAAAUUUAAUAUGCACAGCAGAAAGUACAGAUAUCAUUCCAUUGGUGUCUGACUUUUUUUGCUCAAUAAUAUAUUUACGGCAAUCAAACUUUCUAAAGGAUUGCAUGGUGUAUAGGACUGUUUACAUGAAAUAUCAAAAAUAAGAAAAGAGAGACCAGAAGCAGAUUAGUGAUGACCAAGAGCUGUGGGGAGGUGGGGAUAGAAAAUGACUGCUAACUGAACUGUGAUGAAUACUUUCUAGAUUUUGAUAGUGGUGAUAGUUGAAAAUUGCAAAUGUAUAUAAAAUAACUGCUUAUACACUUUAAAUGGAUGAAUUUUAUGCUAUGUAAAUCACACCUCAAUAAAGCUGUUUUAAAAAACUGCUUGGGACUGCAUUUAAUCUUUAAAGUAAAUUGUAAAGAGAGUCAUCUUUGCAAUGUUGACUCUUCCAAUCAGUACCAUGUUUUAUCCUUCCAAUAAUUUAGGUUUUUUCUUAAUUUCUUUGUAUUUUAUUUAUUUAAUUAUUUUUGGCUACUCCAGGUGGCAUGUGGGAUCUUGGUUUCCCAGCCAGGAAUCCGACCUGCACCCCCCACACUGGGGAGCGCAGAGCCCCAUCCACUGAACUGUCAAGGAAAUUCACCUUGCAUGUUUUAAAUUUUUCAAUAUUGAAAUCUUAGAGAAAUAUGGGUAUUUCGUAACCAUGCUUUUGUAAACGUCAUCUUUGCUUUUUAAAUUUUUAGUAAUUUCUGCUGCUGCAGCAGAAAUAAACGAACAAAAAAAAGAGGUUUACAGGCUGAUCUUAUGUCCAAUGACCUCUCUGAUUUUAUGUAUUAAUUCUAUGGUUUCAAAUUUAUAUUCCUCUGGAUUUUUAAAAUAAAAACAGAUAUUGCAACUAUAAAUAAUCACAUUUUAUUUCUUCUCUCCGGGUGCAAUUGCUUUGUUUUUUUCUUGACUUAUUUUUACGCUGCAGGCUUUUAUCUUCAAUGUCGAAUAGAAGGUAAAGAUCCUAUAUGUAUCAUUCUUAUAUUAUGGGAAUAUAUUCCAAUACUUUAUCUUCAAGUAUGAGGUUUAAGGAUUUUUUUAUCAUACUUUUUUUACUAUGAAAGCAAUUCCAUAUUAUUUA